AUGGAAGGUAUUGUGCAAGCCAUGUCAGAGCAAGAAUCCCCCCCUCUGCGAGUGUGUGGUGUCAAUGGUGUCAAUGGUGCCAAUCUGCCAAGAGAGCUUGUUGAAGUUUUGAAUGAACAGGAUCGCUGUGUUCCACUGCUGGACGUCUAUCCCAUUGAGGAACAAGAUAUUACAGUAAACAAUAUUGCUCAAGCUUUGGAGAAUGGAAGGUUUUUCUAUGACUUUCUCUGGAGAGAAUGGGAUGAUGAUGAAGAAUGCGAAGACUAUGCUGGUCUAAUUGAGAAGCGCAUUCAAUUGUACUAUGACAUUCAGGACGGAAGUAUACCAGGUCCUAUUGGAGAGCGCUUCAAGAAGAUGCUUGAGAAGUACAGGAAUAAACAGUUGGAGCUGAUUGAAUACCAAAACAGCAUAAGAGAUGAUCCUUUACCAGUAGAAGCUGUGGAAUGCUGGAAGAAGUACUAUGAAAUCCUGAUGCUUUGUGGUUUGUUCAAAUUCUGGGAGGAUAUGCGUCUCAGAGCUAUUGGACCAUUCUUUCCAAGAACAUUAAAACGCAGAAAAGGGCAAAGAGCUUCUGGAAAAAUAGUAACUCACAUAGUUGCACAGAUGAUGACUACUGACAUGAUUUUUUUUGUUAAUUCACAUGUUCUUCCACCACCACAACUGAAGAUGGCCAAUAAUCAUAUUCAUGACAACCAAGGAUAUGGAGUCACUAUUUUCUGCCUGAUAAACUAUGUUAUGUACGUGGGGAUGAUGUGGCGUGUACUGCUGGUGGGGAAAAGAGAAUGGGAUCUCCUGCCAAAGACAAUGCAAAAUCUCAGUCUUGCAAUGAAUACUAACAAAUUGGAUGCCAAUACAACGAGAGACAUUGGGCCGAUACCCAAUAGCUAA